AUGAAGGCCGAACAAACAAGGGCUAUGUCUCAUGUAUUUUAUACUUUCGUCGUCGUAAUAUUUUGUAAAGAUGUCAUCAGCGAACCGACAGCUAUAGUAGAAACGCAUUGUGGACUCGUGGAAGGAAAAUAUAAUGGUGACGGAUAUGCCUUUCGUGGCAUUCCAUACUCACUGCCGCCCACCGGAAGUAGACGAUGGAAGCCGCCUGUUCCACUCAACAAGGCGUCUGGAAACUGUUGGGAUGGAACAUUCCAGGCUUUUAACUAUGGAAAUACAUGUAUGCAGAGAAAUCCGGAGAACCCGUCAGCUAUUCUAGGAAGUGAGGAUUGUCUUUACCUCAAUGUAUGGACACCAACUAUUAAUAGUAGUGCUAAUCUACAUGUAAUGGUCUGGAUCCACGGAGGAAGUUUACAAGAAUCUAACGCGAAUUGGCCUACUUAUUGCCCGUCAGAGGAGCUAGCACGUGACACUAACAUAGUUUAUGUGGGUAUGAACUACCGCCUCAACGCGUUUGGUUUUAUGGCCCUGACAAUGUUAUCAGAACAGUCUCCGACCAAGACUUCCGGUAACUACGGAUUCAUGGACCAAAUUCUGGCCCUCAGAUGGGUUCGGGAUAAUGUCAGGAACUUUGGUGGAAACCCAGAUUCAGUCACACUUUUUGGACAAAGCUCUGGAGGAACUAGUAUAAUCGCAUUAUUGGCUUCGGAACCAGCCAGAGGUUUGUUCCACAAAGCGUGGAUGCUUAGCGCCUCAGCAGUCUUCAACAAAACAUCCCAUGACGCUUCAACAGAUAAUCUUGUCUUCGUGAAAAACACCGGAUGUAUAAAUGUCUCGUGUCUAUAUGCCCUUCCUGGCCCAGAAGUCAUAAAAGCUGUACCAUGGGAUGUGUUUCCAUAUUGGGGAAUGACUGACCAAGGUGAUCUUCCAACAAACAACCACUUUGAUGGUGCAAUAGCUGUUGUAGACGGAGAUGCUGUCACUUAUCCUCCUUACCAGGCCUGGCAAAAAGGUAUCGCUAUAGAUGUUCCAUUGCUGAUUGGUACUACUGCGAAUGAGAUUGAUUUUGAUCCAACCCAUCUGACAAUGAACACGUGGAACUGGACGGAGUACCAAGGCCAAGUUCAAAGCCAUUUAGGGACGUUCGGGUCUGGUUUAGCUGAUGAUGCAUUGAAAUUGUACCCAAUUAAUGUAACGUCAGCGGAAUAUGAGUACACACGAAUGGGUGCAGACAUUCGAGUUGGUUGUCCGAAUGACAAAAUGUCUAAAGCUAUCAGUAUGGGUAUGAAAUCACCGGCAUAUAGAUACGUCGUGACGUCACAGCCUUCAGAACCUGUUCACAUAUUAGGGAUGCCUUUUCCGUCAUCGUAUUCCUUCCAUAUGUGGGACAUGUUUGCAUAUUUUGAUACAAUCAAAGACUAUAUCAAGCCACCAACUCCCUCUGAUCGACGAUUUCAAGAGAUGGUCAGACGGGAAGUUCUUUCUUUUGUUCGUACCGGUGCACCCUCUACCUCAGACUGGCAGCCAUAUUCACAAGGCGUGACCGCACUUCUGUCUGAGGACGUUUCCGUUGUUAAACAAUACAAGAGUAAAACAUGUUUAUUAUGGUCCAUGAAUGGUUUGCUAGAGUACGGAUGGAUAAAAGCGAACGAUAUGCCUUUCGUGGCAUUCCUUACUCACUGCCGCCAACUGGAAGUAGACGAUGGAAGCCGCCUGUUCCACUCAACAAGGCGUCUGGAAACUGUUAGGAUGGAACAUUCCAAGCUUUUAACUAUGGAAAUACAUGUCACGAUAUUUGGACAAAGCUCUGGAGGAACAAGUAUAAUAGCUAUGUUGGCUUCAGAACCAGCCAGAGGUUUGUUCCACAAAGCGUGGAUGCUUAGUGCCUCGGCAGUCUUCAACAAAACAUCACAUGCCGCUUCCAGAGAUAAUAUUGUCUUCUUGAAAAACACCGGCUGUACAAAUAUAACGUGUUUGUAUGCCCUUCCGGGUCCAGAAAUCGUCAAAGCAGUGCCAUGGGAUGUGUUUCCAUAUUGGGGAAUGACUGACCUAGGUGACCUUCCAAUAAAAGACCACUUUGAUGGUGCAGUAGCAGUUGUAGACGGAGAUUCUGUCACGUAUCCCCCUUACCAUGCCUGGGAACAAGGUCUCGCUAUAGAUGCCCCAUUGAUGAUUGGUACUACUGCAAAAGAGAUAGACUUUGAUCCAACGCUUUUGACUAUGAACACGUGGAACUGGACCGAGUACCAACGCCAAGUUAAAAGCCAUUUAGGGACGUUUGGACCUGGCCUAGCUGAGGAUGCGUUGAAAUUUGAACCAACAACAAGUGUAGAGACACAAUGUGGACUCGUGGAAGGAAAAUAUAAUGGUGAAGGAUAUGCCUUUCGUGGCAUUCCAUACUCACUGCCGCCCACUGGAAGUAGACGAUGGAAGCCGCCUGUUCCACUCAACAAGGCGUUUGGAAACUGUUGGGAUGGAACAUUCCAAGCUUUUAACUAUGGAAAUACAUGUAUGCAGAGAAAUCCGGAGAACCCGUCAGCUAUUCUAGGAAAGGAGCUAGCACGUGACACUGAUAUAGUUUAUGUGGGUAUGAAUUACCGCCUCAACGCGUUUGGUUUUAUGGCCCUGACAAUGUUAUCAGAACAGUCUCCGACCAAUGCUUCCGGUAACUACGGAUUCAUGGACCAAAUCCUGGCCCUCAGAUGGGUUCGGGAUAAUGUCAGGAACUUUGGUGGAAACCCAGAUUCAGUCACACUUUUUGGACAAAGCUCUGGAGGAACAAGUAUUGUAGCAUUGUUGGCUUCGGAACCAGCCAGAGGUUUGUUCCACAAAGCGUGGAUGCUUAGUGCCUCAAAGUCAUAA